ACCCACUGCGAGACCGACACACACUCACACACACAACUGCACGCAGCCAGGCUCGGGAAGUCAGGUCGGCUUCUCGCCCGGCGCCUCCUCCGCUCAGCCGGCCCGGUCUCCCCCGGGGCCCGGAGCUCGGCCGGGCCGCGGAGUCCCCGUAAGAGGACCAGCUUGACGGACCCCUGUCCUUCCAUGGGCAAACGCGGGCGGCCGCGCAAGGAGGCGCGCUGCGAGGGCACGGGGCUGGUCCCCGCCGAGCCCCCGGACGUGCCCCCCGCUGCGGCCGCGCCCCAGCCCCCGGCCCAGACCGAGGAACCCGCUGGGGCCAAGCCCAGGUGCCCCUUCUCGGACAUUUUCAACACCAGCGAGACCUCAAUGGAGAAGCACAUCAACACUUUUCUGCAGAACGUGCAGAUUCUGCUCGAGGCCGCCAGCUACCUGGAGCAGAUCGAGAAAGAAAACAAAAAGUGUGAACAUGGCUACGCCUCGAUGUCAUUCCCCUCCAUACCAAGCCCCCGGCUGCAGCAUUCAAAGCCCCCACGGAGGUUGAGCCGGGCACAGAAACACAACAGCAGUGGGAGCAGCAGCACCAGCACUGCCAACAGGUCUACACACAAUGAGUUGGAAAAGAAUCGACGAGCUCAUCUGCGCCUGUGUUUAGAACGCUUAAAAGUUCUGAUUCCACUAGGACCAGACUGCACCAGGCACACAACUCUUGGUUUGCUCAACAAAGCCAAAGCACACAUCAAGAAACUUGAAGAAGUGGAAAGGAAGAGCCAACACCAGCUUGAGAAUUUGGAACGAGAACAGAGAUUUUUAAAGCGGCGAUUGGAACAGCUGCAGGGUCCUCAGGAGAUGGAACGAAUACGAAUGGACAGCAUUGGAUCAACUAUUUCUUCAGAUCGUUCUGAUUCAGAGCGAGAGGAAAUUGAAGUGGAUGUUGAAAGCACAGAGUUCUCCCAUGGAGAAGUGGACAAUAUCAGUACCACCAGCAUCAGUGACAUUGAUGACCACAGCAGCCUGCAGAGUAUUGGAAGUGACGAAGGUUACUCCAGUGCCAGUGUCAAACUUUCAUUCGCUUCCUAGAACCCAGCAUGACAUAACAGUGCAGGGCAAAUAUUCACUGGGCCAAUUCAAUCCAAACAAUCUCUUAAAUUGGGUUCAUGAUGCAGUCUCCUCUAUAAAACUAAACAAAACUACUUGAACAAAAUGGUCAACAGACCUGUAUUUAAGCAAAUACGUAGCAAAAAGUGGGGCAGAGCCUCCCCAGCAGAACAAACAUUUGUAAUAUUCAUAUUAGAAAAAUCACAAUUUCUAAUGGCAGCAGAAAACUUAAGUGAAAUUUCCUUGAUUUUAUUUAGUUGAUUGAAAAGAGGACAUUGGAGAUUCCAUCCUCUUUUUCAUUUCUAAUUUGCUCAUAAUGCAUUGAGUAGACAAAUGCAGGAUAGGGUUAUGAACCCUUCCUCAGCUUUCUGGUCCUAAAAACAAACAAGUUCAAACCUAUUGUAAUGACAAGACAAGAUAAUCAGGCAUUAAUCUUGGGUAGCUAAAGCUAUUAUAACUCAGCCUGGGACAGCUUAUCAUGAAGCCUGUGGAUGAUCAAUUCUUUAAAAAAAAAAAAAAAAAAAAAUCUCAUUUCAUGCUCUGCAAAAGGAGAGACUCCCAUGAAGCCUGUUGAAAGGGAUCAUCAUGCAGCUCAGCUUUCUGUUGGAUUCCAUGCUAAGCAAGCUAUAUCCUGCAUUGUUAGCACUAGGGCCACAAACCGCCAGCUCACCAGUCAGUCAGCUGCCCCUAGGCCCCUGGGCAGUAUGGGGGCAGUCCGUAUAUGACAGCCUCCACCAUACAAAGCCUAUGAGUACGGACUGGGGAGCCAGAAGGAAACGCUCCAUGUGCCUGUGUCUGCGUGGGCCAGAAGAAUUGUGUACGCAGAUAAACAGGCCAAGGUCUGAGCCACAGCAGCGUUUUUAUUUCAGAUUUUGAUAACUGUUUGUAUGUGUUAAAAACCAAAAUGACAUCUUUUUAAAGCUUGUCCAUUAAAAAACAUAGAUGUCUUUUAUAGUGGAAAAACACAUGGGAAAAAAAAUCAUCUAUUUUGAUGCAACAUUUGAUAAUGAUAAAACACCUCACACCUCACUCUUUAUAGUGCACAAAAUGAGGUCUGGGCUAGGGAGAAAAAGGUCAAUGCUUAUGUUUUUCUUUUCUUUUAGAAUCCUUUACCAACUUUUAACCAUCUGAUAUGUAUAGUAGAUACACUAUCAUAGUUAACAUAGUUAAGUUCAGCACUUGUCUCAUUUUAAUGUAAGGAUUUGCUUCCAUUUUCCUACAGGCAGUCUCCUUCCUCACAAUCCCACUGUGCAGGUGCUAUUGUUGCUUUUUUGAAUAUUUUCAGAAAUGUUAUUUUCUUUAAAGUGAAAUUUCUAGCCUGCACUUUGAUGUCAUGUGUUCCCUUUGUCUUUUAAAAUCCAAGGUUCCCUUCUGGCCCUCUCCCUUACCCCCAGAAGCCUUCUUGGAGACCUUACCCCUGGCUGUUUGAACUUUGUAUACUUUAAAUAAUUUAACUACCCUUAAUUACUUAAAAAAAAGAAAAAAAAAAAGCUUUAUGAUUUUCAUAACUUAUUGCUGAUUUUAAU